AUGAGCACCAUUGCAGAGAGAAAGCCUCACGCUGUGUUUACUCCAUAUCCAGCACAAGGCCAUGUGAACCCCUUGUUAAAACUAGCCAAGCUGCUUCACGUCAGAGGCUUUUACAUAACCUUUGUCCACACACAUUACAACUACAAACGCUUGCUCAAAUCAAGGGGUCCCAAUGCCCUUCAUGGCCUGCCAGAUUUUCGCUUUGAGACCAUCCCAGAUGGACUUCCUCCCUCGGAUGAUGAUGAUGUUACUCAGCACAUACCCUCUCUUUGUGACGCUAUCCGAAACAACUUCCUCCAACCCUUUUGCGACCUUCUUCAUACUCUUAGCCGUUCUGCCUCUGAGGGUCUCAUUCCGCCAGUUACUUGCUUAGUUUCUGACGGUUGUUGCCUUCCCUUUAUUUCACAAGCUGCUCAACAAUUUGCACUCCCUAACGUUACCUGUUGGCCCGCUAGUGCCUGUUCAUUAUUGUCUAUCUUGAACUAUCCCACGCUGGUCGAGAAAGGUGUCAUACCACUCAAAGAUGAGAGUUAUCUGACAAAUGGGUAUUUGGACUCCAAAGUGGACUGGAUUCCUGGAAUGCAGAACUUUCGGCUGAAGGACAUGGUUGACUUCAUAAGGACAACGGAUCCAAAUGAUACUAUGUUGCAGUUUUUCAUUGAAGUUGCAAAUAGAAUUGAAAGAAACUCUCCAAUUCUUUUGAACACUUUUGAGAGGCUUGAGGGUGAUGUACUGAAGGCUCUAUCCUCUAUGUUCCCUUCUCUUUAUACCAUUGGUCCUUUCCCUUUACUUUUGAAUCAAAGUCCGCAAAACCACUUGGGAUCUUUAGGUUCCAAUCUUUGGAAGGAAAACACGGAGUGUCUUGAUUGGCUAGAAUCCAAGGAAUCUGGAUCCGUUGUUUAUGUGAACUAUGGCAGCACCACUGUUAUGUCUGCAGAACAACUGUUGGAGUUUGCUUGGGGUUUGGCCAACAGCAAGAAACCGUUUCUGUGGAUCAUAAGGCCUGACCUUGUGAGUGGAGGAUCUGUGAUUUUGUCAUCAGAGUUUGUGAAUGAAACAAGAGACAGAAGUCUUAUAGCAAGCUGGUGUCCACAGGAGGAAGUGUUGAACCAUCGUUCAGUUGGUGGUUUCUUGACUCAUUGUGGAUGGAACUCAACCACUGAAAGUAUUUGUGCUGGAGUGCCAAUGUUGUGUUGGCCAUUUUUUGCAGAUCAGCCAACAAACUGUAGAUAUAUGUGCAAUGAGUGGGAGAUUGGGAUUGAGAUUGAUAAUAAUGUGAAGAGAGAGGAGGUGGAGAAGCUGGUGAAUGAAUUGAUGGUGGGAGAAAAGGGAGAGAAGAUGAAAGAAAAGAUCAUGGAGUUGAAGAACAAGGCAGAGGAGGUUACCAGGCCCGGUGGCUGUUCAAGCCUGAACUUGGACAAGUUUAUUAAGAAGUUGCUCAAACAAUAUUAG